UCCUCACUGAAAUCAAAGUUAGUAACAAUUUAUACCGAUCCUGGAAAGGAAGUUGACAAUCCGCAUUGUGCAGAAGUUCAGGGGAAAUAAGGAAGAAUGGGAGCGUUUUGGAAAAUAUAUCGGGGAUGCCAUGGUCGAUGUGGUUACAGCCGUCGAUUCGUAUGAUGGAUCUAACGGAGAGCCUAAGCCAUGGAUGGAAAGCAUCAAGAAGCUGAGCGAGGCGCUGGAGCGCAUUCGAAUCGAAAUCGGUCGAUUGCGUGGAAAGAUGAAGGGGCAGUCUGGUAUCCGCAACUUGUUCUCUCAUAUGAAAAACCCCAGUAGGAUCGAUGAUUUAAAGAAAGAUUUUAGCGAAGCUUUGGCAAUGUUCCAGCUGCAGACAAACUUAACGGUUGGUGCAAUGGCAAACAAUCAGGAUCGGUUGACUCGUGGAGUAGAAGAUUUCUCAGUUCUGAAUGAACUCAAAUAUCCCAUUGUCCCCCAUCACGAUUCAACUCACCCGUGCCUGCCAGACACCAGGAUUGAUCUAAUCGAGCGUAUUAUGUCGUGGUGUCGUGCCACGGAGGAUAACAAGAAUCGUGUAUUACUGCUGACGGCCGUGGCCGGUGCCGGCAAGACGUCUGUUGCGCUCUCGAUCGCAGAGGAGUGUAAAAGAGAAAAAAUGUCAUCAGCAAGCUUCUUUUUCAAAGCAGGCGAGCAGUCGCGGCCGGACCAUCUCUUCAGCGGCAUGGCUCGAUCUCUGGCAACCCACGACCCUGCAUACCGUGCCUCCUCAUAUCCGCUCUUCAGGAGGAUCCAGCCCUCUCAACUGCCUCAUUCCCGACCCAAUUCGAAAAACUAGUGGCUGAACCUCUCCGUCUCAGGACAUCCUCGUCUGACCGUCCCAUUGUGAUUAUCAUUGAUGCGUUAGAUGAGUGCGACACAAAGUCAUUCCCACGUCUUGCCGAUAUCCUUCGGAAAGCAGUCCCAAAACUACCACCUAACAUCAAAUUCUUUCUCACUUCGAGACAAUUUGACCUCGUUGAUCGUUUCCUAUCACCUAAUU